GAUGGACAGUGUCUGGCCCAACUCAGUCCACCACAUGAGAAGGCCUGGGGAUCUGUCUCACUUUACCCUGGUCCUCUCUGGACUCCUGAGCACCCCAGUGUCCCUAGACAGAGCAUCCUUGCCUUCCUGAUGGCUCUUCUGAUCUCGCUUCCUGGAGGGACUCCAGCCAUGGCUCAGAUCCUGCUUCUGCUCUCAUCAGCCUGUCUGCAUGCUGGAAAUUCAGCAANAUCCAACAGANAAAAUGACUUUGGGAUCGACCAACCUGAACNNUGCUCUGGAGUCCAGGGUGGCUCCAUCGACAUCCCCUUCUCCUUCUACUUCCCCUGGNNGUUGNCCAAGGAUCCACAGAUGANCAUAGCCUGGAGAUGGAAGNAUUUCCAUGGGGAAUUCAUCUACAACUCCUCCCUGCGUUUCAUACAUGAGCACUUCAAGGACCGGCUCAUCCUGAACUGGACACAGGGUCAGACAUCUGGAGUCCUCAGAAUCCUGAACUUGAAGGAGUCUGACCAGACCUGGUACUUCGGCAGAGUUUUUCUGCAAACAACAGAAGGCGUGAAGUUUUGGCAGUCAAUUUCUGGGACCCAACUCAAUGUGACCAAAUCCACCUGCACCCCCACUACACGUCCAAGCACCACUGCUGCAACUUCUGCACGCACCCAAAGUGACAUAACAGAAGUCAAGAGUGCUAACAUUGGUGGCCUGGAUCUGCAAACCACAAUUGGGUUGGCAACGGCUGCUGCUGUGUUCCUGAUUGGGGUUUUGGGAUUGAUAGCGUUCCUCAGGUGGAAGAGAAGAAGGCAAGGCCAGAAGACUAAAGCUGAAGUCCCGGCCAGGGAGCCAUUGGAAACCAGUGAGAAAUAUGAGAGUGUUGGCCAUGAAGGGCAAUGUAUGGAUCCCAAAGAAAACCCCAAGGAUAAUAACGUCGUGUAUGCUUCCAUCUCCCUCUCAAGCCCGACCUCACCAGGAACAGCGCCCGACCUGCCUGUCCAUGGGAACCCCCAGGAAGAGACUGUGUACUCCAUCGUAAAGGCCAAAUAAGUUGGUCUGGGAGACACUCUUAGAGUCACCUUUGUUUCUAGUGGGAAGACUCUCAGCUUCCACUGAUACCACAGGCAGACACAGAAAUUCACUCAACAGAGGGUCUGACCACAGACAAACUGAGAAACUCCAAGUUCCUUUUUCUAACUUCCUAGGCCUUUCUCACAAAAAUAAAAAGAUCUACAGAAUCUGCCUAAAUGAAUCUAAAGAGAGCACUGAUGAGACCCUUGACUUCUCGCCCUCUAAGGACCCCCUCCUCUAUCACUGUUUCUAGCAGCCCAAGGCAAGGGAUCCUAAAUGCUGGCAGAUAGGCUGACUCCAUGAUCUGCACCCACAUGAUCUGCACUCACACAUAUACUGUGUGAGUAUAAUAACCUGCACACAGUGUACUUGUUCAUAUACCACUGCACUGGCCAUCAGCCCAAAGCCUAGAUGGCGUGAGACGUGGAACUAAAAUAAACACCAGGUGGCUAAGGCAUUUGCCUAAGGCCAUGCAGUUCCCAGGAAGCAGCUCAAGCCCAGACAUGCUUUUCUAGAGGUUCUCCCAGCUCUGGGUCUCACUGCUGUCCCCAAUUUCCUAUAUUCUCCAGAGAUGGCAGUUUGUCAUAGCGACACACACACACACAAAAGCACAGCUCAGCAGUAAUUCCAGAGACCUGCUUUAUUAACCAGGCUGCACAGCUGACU